AUGGUCCCGGCCGUCGCCCCUAUAAAUUCCUCCGUCCCGUCGCCAUGCAUUGCGCAGGUCGAUCAGGAGAUCGAGCAGGUACCGGCCAUGGACUACUACCGCGAGACCUACGGCGGGUACGGGAUGGCGACGCCCGGGUACGCGGCGCCGGUGCCGUACGGCAUGUCGCAGGUGAACAUCGACGGCAACUACGGCGGGAGGCCGAUGCCGCCGCAGCCCACGGUGAAGAUCUACUGCCGCGCCAACCCCAACUACGCCAUGUCCGUCCGCAACGGCAAGGUGGUGCUGGCGCCGGCCAACCCCAAGGACGACUACCAGCACUGGAUCAAGGACAUGAGGUGGAGCACCAGCAUCAAGGACGAGGAGGGCUACCCCGCCUUCGCCAUGGUGAACAAGGCCACCGGGCAGGCCAUCAAGCACUCCCUCGGCCAGUCCCACCCUGUGCGUCUGGUGCCGUACAACCCAGACUACCUGGACGAGUCGGUGCUGUGGACGGAGAGCAGGGACGUGGGCAACGGGUUCAGGUGCGUGCGCAUGGUGAACAACAUCUACCUCAACUUCGACGCCCUCAACGGCGACAAGUACCACGGCGGCGUCCGCGACGGCACCGAGGUCGUGCUCUGGAAGUGGUGCGAGGGCGACAACCAGCGCUGGAAGCUCCAGCCGUACUACUGA